AUGGCGGACGCAGAGCUGGAGGAGAUCAGGCGAGCUCGCCUCGCACAGCUGCAACAGCAGGGUGGUGGCCCACGCGGCGGCCCUAGCCAGGAAGGCGGCCAGGAAGAGCAGAGAAAGCAAGCUGAAUCCGACCGUCGCGCCGCAAUCAUCAGCCAGAUCCUUGAUCCCGCCGCCGCAGACCGACUCGGCCGCAUCCGCAUGGUCAAGGAGUCGCGCGCAACGGACAUCGAAAACCGCCUCAUCAUGCUGGCCCAGACUGGUCAACUCCGACAGAAGGUUACCGAGGAGCAAUUGAAGGAGCUCCUGAAUGCUGUUGCAGAGAACCAGCGCAAGGAGGAGGAGGAGCAGAAGAUUGUGAUUACCCGACGCAAAGGCGGUUGGGAUGAUGACGAUGAUCUGCUUGAUCUUUAA